GCUGGAAUCUUUGAACUGGUAGAGCUGGUGGGAAACGGCACCUACGGCCAAGUGUACAAGGGUCGCCAUGUUAAAACGGGGCAGCUGGCGGCAAUCAAGGUCAUGGAUGUCACUGGUGACGAGGAAGAAGAGAUCAAAGCAGAAAUCAACAUGCUGAAAAAGUACAGCCACCACCGCAACAUUGCUACCUACUACGGCGCGUUCAUCAAGAAGAACCCGCCAGGAAUGGACGACCAGCUAUGGCUGGUCAUGGAGUUCUGCGGCGCCGGCUCGGUGACAGAUCUGAUCAAGAACACGAAGGGGAACUCUCUGAAAGAAGAGUGGACGGCUUACAUCUGCCGAGAGAUUCUCAGGGGCCUGACUCAUCUCCAUCAGCACAAGGUCAUCCACCGAGACAUCAAGGGGCAAAACGUCCUGCUGACGGAGAAUGCCGAAGUCAAACUAGUGGACUUUGGCGUUUCGGCCCAGUUGGACCGCACGGUGGGAAGGAGGAAUACGUUUAUCGGGACGCCAUAUUGGAUGGCCCCAGAGGUGAUCGCCUGCGACGAGAAUCCCGACGCGACGUACGACUUCAAGAGCGAUUUAUGGUCACUGGGCAUCACGGCUAUCGAGAUGGCUGAAGGAGCACCACCGCUGUGUGACAUGCAUCCCAUGAGAGCCCUCUUCCUCAUCCCGCGAAACCCUGCGCCAAGACUCAAGUCAAAGAAAUGGUCAAAAAAGUUCCAGCUGUUCAUUGAGAGCUGCCUGGUAAAGAGCCACGGACAGAGACCCAGCACAGAGCAGCUCCUCAAGCACCCUUUCAUCAGGGACCUCCCCAACGAGAGGCAGGUCCGCAUCCAGCUCAAAGACCACAUCGAUCGCACUAAGAAGAAGCGAGGCGAAAGGGACGACACCGAGUACGAAUACAGUGGCAGCGAAGAAGAAGACGAGGAACGAGACACGGGUGAACCCAGCUCCAUCAUCAACAUCCCCGGCGAGUCAACCCUGCGGCGUGACUUCCUGCGCCUGCAGUUGGCCAAUAAGGAGCGAUCGGAGGCGCAGCGGCGGCAGCAGCUGGAGCAGCAGCAGAACGAGGAGCACAAGCGCCUGCUGCUGGCUGAGAGGCAGAAGCGCAUCGAGGAGCAGAAGGAGCAGCGGCGGCGCCUAGAGGAGCAGCAACAGCGCGAGCGUGAGCUAAGGAAGCAGCACGAAAGGGAACAGAGAAGGCGCUACGAGGAAAUGGAGCAGCUCCGCAGAGAGGAGGAGCGGCGGCACGCUGAAAGAGAACAGGAGUAUAUCCGUAGGCAGCUGGAAGAGGAGCAAAGACAGUUAGAGAUUCUCCAACAACAGCUUCUACAGGAGCAAGCGCUUCUGAUGGAGUACAAACGCAAGCAGGUGGAGGAGCAGCGGCAGGCCGAACGUCUGCAGAGGCAACUCCAGCAGGAGAGGGCCUACCUAGUGUCUCUACAGCAACAGCAGCAGGAGGGACGGCAGGCGGAGAAGAAACAGCUUUACCAUUACAAAGAUCUCGUUAAUCCCAAUGACAAGCCGACCUGGGCUAAAGAGGUGGAGGAGAGGUCUAAGAUGAACAGACAGAGUUCUCCAGCACAGCAGCCCAAAGUGUCUAACCGGAUCUCCGACCCUUCCCUCCCUUCCCGAUCCGAGUCCUUCAGCAGCAGCGGGGGCAUGCAAGCCACCCGAACUCCACCUGUCCAUCGUCCCAUCGAACCCCAGAUGGCCCACCUUGUUCCAGUCAAGACGCACUCCAGCUCCAUGUCGGGUUCUCAAUCCCUGCAAGAGCAGACGGUAUCUGCUCUGGGCGAGGGCGCGGGCUCACCCAGGUCCGACAUUCCGCGGCAGAACUCUGACCCGACUCCCGACACUCAAACACCGCCACUGCGCAUCGCUGACAGGGAUCGGGAGAGGUCCACAUGGCAGAGAGAGGAAGACCUGCUACCCAAGAUCCCCCAGAGGACUGCACCCAUUUCUCCAGCUUUGGUCAGAAAAAAUUCCCCCAACGGAGGCGUCUGUUUGGGACCUCGCACGGGUACUCAGCUCAUACGAGCAAGUAAUCCAGACCUACAGCGUUCCGAGCUGUCUCUUGAUGCCAUGUUGCAACGAACUUCCUCCAACUCGUCUUCGUCCUCAUCACCCUCGUCUCAGGGAGGCUCGGUUGAAAGAAGAGGUACAUUUGCUCUUUCUGGACAUAACAGACAGGAAGCAUCACCGUUGGGAGCCAAUCCGGAGGCCAAAUCCAAGCAGGAGGAGGGCCGUGAAUCGAGCAGACCCAGCAGGCCUGCAAGUUAUAAGAAAGCCAUAGAUGAGGACCUCAGUGCUUUGGCGAAGGAACUACGGGAGUUGAGGGUCGAGGAGGGGAGCCGGCCUCCAGUCAAGGUGACUGAUUAUUCGUCCUCCAGCGAGGAGUCUGAGAGCAGCGACGAGGAUGGCGAAACUGUGGGGAAUGAUGGAACUGUGGCCGUGAGCGACAUCCCUCGCAUCAUGCCGGCGGUGCAAAGCAGCAGCGAGUCAUACAAAGGACUGAGCGAGGACUCCCUGGGAGAGCCCUACAGUAACUCCAAGGACGGCACGCUGGUCAUGAGAGAGGUGACGGCAGAUAAGAGGCGAGGCGGCCACGCCGACAGCAACGGCUUCGGGAAUCACAGUAACCACGGCAACCUGCCCGACCUGGUGCGGCAGAGCAACUCGCCCACGGCCGUGCCCUCCGCCCUGCAGGAGUUGGGCGACAUGCCCGAGUUUGGUCUCGGCGGCUCCAAGGCGUCCUUCACCCCAUUCGUCGACCCCCGUGUCUAUCAAACAUCUCCUAACGAUGAAAAUGAGAACUCUGCAGCUGCCAUGUUCGCCAACGAGCUGUUAAGGCAGGAACAGGCGCGACUCAAUGAGGCCAGAAAGAUCUCUGUGGUCAAUGUGAACCCCACCAACAUCCGACCGCAUAGUGACACGCCCGAGAUCCGCAAGUACAAGAAGCGUUUCAACUCGGAAAUCCUUUGCGCCGCGCUCUGGGGCGUGAAUCUACUGGUGGGAACAGAGAACGGCCUCAUGCUGUUGGACCGAAGCGGUCAGGGAAAAGUUUACAAUUUGAUCACCAGACGGCGUUUUCUCCAGAUGGAUGUCCUGGAGGGCCUAAAUGUGCUCGUCACUAUAUCUGGGAAAAAGAACAAGCUACGUGUCUACUACCUGUCUUGGUUAAGGAACCGAAUACUGCACAAUGAUCCCGAAGUGGAGAAGAAGCAAGGCUGGAUCACCGUCGGAGAGCUCGAAGGAUGCGUGCAUUAUAAAGUUGUGAAGUACGAGAGGAUUAAAUUUCUGGUGAUUGCGCUGAAGAACUCUGUAGAGAUCUACGCCUGGGCUCCCAAGCCGUACCACAAGUUCAUGGCCUUUAAGUCGUUCGCCGAACUGCAGCACCGUCCGCAGCUGGUGGACUUGACUGUGGAGGAAGGCCAAAGGUUGAAGGUUAUUUAUGGCUCCAGCGUUGGCUUCCACGUCAUCGACGUGGACUCGGGCAACCCGUACGACAUCUACAUCCCGUCCCACAUUCAGAGCCAGGUGACGCCGCACGCCAUCGUGGUGUUGCCCAAGACGGACGGCAUGGAGAUGCUGCUGUGCUACGAAGACGAGGGCGUCUACGUCAACACCUACGGCAGGAUCACCAAAGAUGUGGUGCUGCAGUGGGGGGAGAUGCCCACCUCUGUUGCCUACAUCCACUCCAAUCAAAUCAUGGGGUGGGGCGAGAAAGCCAUCGAGAUCCGCUCGGUGGAAACGGGUCACCUGGACGGAGUCUUCAUGCACAAGCGAGCACAGAGACUCAAGUUCCUGUGUGAGCGCAACGACAAGGUGUUCUUUGCAUCGGUGCGCUCAGGAGGCAGCAGCCAAGUGUUCUUCAUGACCCUAAACAGGAGCUCCAUGAUGAACUGGUGA